AUGGCAGUGGCAGUAAAGUUUUGUUAUAGACGGCAUUCGGCGGACAGUCGUGUUGGCCGCCACCACAUCUCUUACGGAACGCAGCGAGCCGCGAGACACGAGCAGGAACAGCAGCAGCAGCAGCAGCACCGCUCCACACCUCCACCUCAUCACACCAUGGCCAGCGCAGAAAGCGAAGAUUCUGAACAAGAAAUAACGUCUUUAGCCAUACCCUCCUUGAGGUGUGUCGUGGGCGAUGCGGCCGCCCACGCCUCCCGUGCGAACUUGUGCGAAUGUUUUGACGCGCGCUUGGUAUUUCUGUCUGCGCCGCGCGACGCCCCGCCCGCGCCCCCGGCGCCGCCCCUGCCCUCGCCCCCGGCGCCGCCCCUGCCCUCGCCCCCGCCUGUCAGAGCGGCGCCGUUCGAUCGGGCCGGUGCCCGUCUGCUGGGGCGAGGCGCCGCCGCGCCGCGCCGCGCCGCGCCGCGCGACCUGGGAGAACUCAACAUGAGCUGA